UUGUCAAAUUUGAAACUACUCUGUACUUGAAGCUGUCUUUUAUCCAAUUCAAAAACAUUUAUUCUCGUAUUUGUUUAUUGAUAUUUCUGCUUUAAAAAGACGAUGACAGGUGCAAAUCAAUUUCCACAAAAUACUGCUUUUCAUUCCAGCGUUCAAAGUGCGCUUUCCAACCGCGAUAUAGAGCUGUAUGAGUUAGCCUGCUUGAGUGGAGUUGCUAUUGAUCCUCAAGUUUUCAGGAUUUUGUUGGAACUGUUGAAAAUGGACAUUUCACCAACUGAAAUAUUUCGUGUGUUGCAAAGUAUGGCUCAUCAGGCAUUCAAACCGAAUACAGCUUUGAAAAAAAAUUCUCAAAACAAAAGUCACUCUUCUCAAAAUCCAAGCAAGAAAAAACCUCCAGUUGCAGCCAAGCCCAAAAAAAUCAGCGUGGAGAAGCAAGGUGUCUAUUGAUUUUUUUUCCCUUUCUUGAAAGCUGAAUGGAUUUAUCAACUACAAUUUUGUUGCCUUAUAGUGGUUCCUGUAUCCUGUAGUAUGAAUGAUAGUAAUGAGU